AUGUCUCGGUGCUUUCCAUAUCCGCCUCCAGGGUUUUCACUGGGAAAGGUCGGCAACGAGGCUUUGGUCGAAUCGAUUAAGCUCCAAAUGGAGACUGAAAGAGUUGCCAAGGAACUAAGGAAGAAGGAAAAGAGAAAGGAGAAGAAAGAGAAAAGGAAAGAGAAGAAGGACAAGACAAAGGCUUAUACAGAAAAAAAUUGGGAAGCCCCAAAGAGUGGUUGUUUUCCAAAGGUUAUAGAAGCUGAAGCAGAACAUUUAGAAAAAAGUAGUGUCACUGAAGAGCACGAGAAGCCUAUCUAUUUGUGCCUUCCAAGCUCUCCAUCUGAUAGCACUGGGAAUAGCAAUAAGAGAAAGAGACAUUCCUCACCUUUAGUUGGCAGCCAUGAUCGUGGAAAUAUUAUUAGGAUUCGGUUGCUACCCCCAAAGAAGCCGAAGGAACAGGAUAAUGAAAUUGCUGGAAGGACAAAUUUUCCUGCGGAACAUAAUAAUGAAAUUGCUAUUGUAUCCAGUCAAGAAAAAAAUUUCUCCACUGAGAAUAACAACUCCAUUGUGGGAGCCUUUCCCAUUGGAACUAUCAAGGAGCCAGUUUGUUCGACUUCCGGGAGGGAUGAGGCUGCUGCUACUACUCAUGGUAAAGCUAGAACUGCAUCAGGUCACGAUACAGCUAUGACUAACAUGCAGAAAGUGGAAUUAAAGUAUAAAAGUUUAUUUGAGAACUGGGAUCCGCCCCAGCUGCUGGCUCAAGACAUUGGUCAAGACGACGAAGAAUGGCUCUUUCGGGGCAGAAAUCAGGAUGUGCAUGUAGGGAGAAAAAUCAAACUAUUCAGUGAUCCUAUAUCAUGUUCUAGUACCUCGGCAUUGGGACCUCGUGCACAAUAUUUGCAAGAAGCUGAUGUAUACGCACUGCCUUACACAGUCCCAUUUUGA